CCGCUGCCCGGCCUGGGUCUGGCCGGGUACGGCGGGUCUGGCGGCCGGGCCAGCAGCUCGCCGCCGGCCCGUGACACGGUCAGCCCGCCGGUCAGCUCGGCGGCACAGUCGCCCCGCCAGGGCAGUGCCGGCAACGCCCCCUGGAACUACGAGGAGCAGUUCAAACAGCUGUAUGAAAUCGACGACAACCCCAGCCGGAAGGAGUUCCUAGACGAUCUGUUUCGGUUCAUGCAAAACAGAGGAACUCCGAUAAACCGUCUACCGAUAAUGGCGAAGCAGGUGCUGGACCUCUACGAGCUGUACAACCUGGUGGUAGCCCGUGGUGGGCUGGUGGAGGUCAUCAACAAGAAGCUGUGGCAGGAGAUUAUUAAGGGCUUGAAGCUGCCCUCCUCCAUCACGUCUGCAGCCUUCACCCUGCGUACACAGUACAUGAAGUACCUGUACCCGCAGGAGUGUCAGAAGGAAGGUCUCAGCAGUCCGUCUGAGCUGCAGGCAGCCGUGGACGGGAACCGGCGCGAGGGCCGCCGCAGCACCUACAACAGCAACUCGUACGCCGACUUCGUGCAGAGGUCGCCACUGCUAUCGGGCUCGAUGGCGCAGUCGUUCGGCUUGUCCAACGGCAUGCCGACCACGCUGCAUCAGCAGGGCCUGUCUCCUCUGUCGCUGGUCACCAGUCGGCCCGGCACCAACGGCGCCGGAGGCCACCCGCUGCCGCCUAGCUCUCCGUUUCUGCCGGGCAUGGGCGGCCCCGUGCUGCCGUCCGCCAACGACACGCUGAUGACGCUGUGGAACCUGUACAGCAACAGACAGCCGAUCCCCUCGCCGCCACACCGCAAGCCCGAGUGCAUGGGCCUGGCUCCGCAGAGCGAGGCCCUCAACCUCGGCGUCCGACGCGAAAUCAUGGCGAGGCAGGAAAGGGAGCGCGAGCAACAGGAGCGAGAGAGAGACCGCGAGCUGGAGCUGCACCGCGAGCGCGAAAGGGAGAUCGAGAGAGAACGCGAGCGCGAGAGGGAGCAGGAGAUGACGCGAGAGGUGCCUGACGACCUGUCGCCGCCACCCAAUAAAAGGGCCCGGUCGGAUGACGAAGAGCACAAGAUGAACGCGCUGCCUCACACAAAAAUGAGCAUAUCGUCCAAGGGCGACGGAAGUUUGGUGCUGAGCAUGGAGCUGAACGGCGUGGUUUACCAGGGAGUUCUCUUCGCUCAGCCUAGCGCCGCCCGGCUAUAG